AUGUUAAGUGGGUCAAACACGCCACACGACACAGAAACAACACAAAUUGACUUUGUUUCACAGACCAGUACAUCCCAAAGUAUCGCUGACAUGACUCUCCCACUUGCAAACACAACGCGUGUCAUGAGAGAUGCAAUUUCUACACCAACGAGUGGUGAAGUUCGAAUAUCAAAAGAUGCACAACAAUACAUGACCGAACUCGCUACAGAAUUCAUUCUGUUUAUCUCUUCAGAAGUCGCAGAUGUCUCUAAUAACUCAUCAAAGCCUAAACACACUCUUGUCGGGCAAGAUAUUAUUGAGGCUCUUAAACGUCUUGGGUUUGAUGCGUAUUGUCCUUCAUUACGUAAACACCUUGAAAAGUUUCAAUCUACAGAUAUUCCUGAAGAAGCUAUGGAAAAUAGAAAAAGACCAUCUUCAGACUUGGAGUUAAUCAACCCAGAAAAGCCAAUGUACACACCACCCCCUUUGUAA